AUGGAGGCGCACGGCGAAGAGGGGGAGGCCCCGUCGCCGCCGCCCGGGCCCGGCGGCGGCGUGAACGUCUUCGCCAACGAUGGCAGCUUCCUGGAGCUCUUCAAGCGGAAGAUGGAGGCGGAGCAGCAGCGGGAGCGCGAGGCGGCGGCAGCAGCGGCCGCGGAGGCCCCCGGCGGCGCCGGGCCUGGCCCGCACCGCCCGUCCGACGGCUCGAAGAGGAGCGGCGGCGCCCUCAGCUUCGUGGGCAGGCGGCGAGGGGGGAACAAGCUGGCCCUGAAGACGGGAGUGGUGGCCAAGAAGCAAAAGACGGACGAGGAGGUGUUGACGAGUAAAGGCGACGCCUGGGCCAAGUACAUGGCGGAGGUGAAAAAGUACAAGGCGCACCAGUGCAGCGACGAUGACAAAACCCGGCCCCUGGUGAAAUAAUGCCCGGACUUGCCCCUGUAUAUACUUAUUUAAGGGCGGGGGAGGCGCCGGCCCCGCCCCUUUUAUAUCUAUAAAUACCGAUCCCGCGCCCGGGGCUGCCGCUCCCACCCCGCUGGCAACCAGGACUUGAUGCCGGCCGGCAAACCGCUGCUGCCUGCCGGGACCUGCCGCUGCUCCUCGCCCGGCCCG